CAUUGUCAAUUUUAUGUCAUGAAUAUUGUCAAAUAGCAUGGAAACAUGGUUUAUGUUGUUGUUGUGUGCUACUUUUGAUAAAAUUCUAUAGUUGACUUGCGAAUGCGAAUACACAAAUAAUAGAAGUACACGAUAAACUAUUACUUGAACUUAGUCAGCAUGGCUGAUAAAAAAAAGAAAAUAUUUGCUCCCAAGGAAGCAACAACUCCAAGAAGGCCAGUGAUUUUGAAAUCUGAUCGUGAUACUACAAAAGAUCCAAGCAAGGAGAAACCAGAGAAAGAAAAACAGCCAACUAUAAUACUAAAGACUAGAGAACAGAGCACACCAAAGGAGGAGCGACCCCAGAGUCCGAAAACUAUCAAGUCUUCAACAUCAGAAGGAGAUGGCCCAAACCCUUGUAAAAUAGCACAAAAUGAGAGUAAAGAAAAGAAAGGAGCUGACCAAAAACCUUCUCCCCCACUGAAGUACAUGACACAACCUGUAAAGCUGCUGGAUGAGAACUUGGAACUGAACACCAGUGCUUUAGAGUUCCUCCAUGACUCAAGCACUAAUUAUCUAGUUGUUGGGAUAAUGGGAACUCAAGGUGUUGGUAAAUCUAUGAUAUUAAACUUAAUUGCUACAAAUGUUCAUGAUCAGAACCUAUGCAACCUAAUACUAAAUUCUCAUGACAUACCAGCUGAUAGCACAUUUGACAGUAACGAUAUAGCUCCCCUGGAGAAACAAAUGGAUACACUAGAGUUUGCAGAUUCGCCUGAGAAGGCAACUGAACCAAAUGAAAAUAUUUUCAAGUUCAAAAUGCAAGACAUUGAGCAAAUUGAGAAAGGUGUUCAUUGUACUAAAGGUAUUGACAUGUAUAUCACAAAUGAUCGAGUAAUUCUCCUGGACUGCCAGUCCUUAUGGUCACCGUCGCUUAUCGAGGAGUCCAACACAACAAUCACAGCAAGAAGUGCUAACGUGGUGACAGUGGACUGUCUGCAAAUCGCUUCGUAUCUCAUGGCUAUAUGUCAUGUGCUAAUCGCCGUGCAAGACUGGUUCACUGACUAUAAUUUUCUCAGAUACAUUCAAGCUGCUGAGAUGCUAAAGCCUUCGCUGUCAGCCUCCAACUCCGUAUCAACCAGUCAAGAGGGGUCAGAGUCCACGGGCGGUGGUGAGAGUCACCCACACUUACUCCUACUACACAACCGCUGCCAACUCGAAGAUUUUACUCCUGAGAGUUUGAAAAUUAUACAAGAUCUAUAUAGAAAAGCAUUCCUCAAAUCCAACUUGCAACUCAACUCAGGAAUGUACAUGUACAGCGAUACGAACAAGAAUAGUUUGAACGUCGACAGCGUUUGCAAGGGGUACAGCGUAGAUACCUGUGGAACGCCCAUUAAUCUAUUUCUACUGCCGGAAAUCUACAGUGACUUUGAUAACCGUGAUAUAUACAGGGGCCAUCCAGCAUUCGAACAACUAGCGAAACGUCUUCGUUGGAUGAUACUCGGCGUCAACAGACAUCAAAUUACAAACGUACCUAACCUAUCUGAAAAAGGAUGGUUCCAUUUCUGCAGCAAGGCUUGGGAAACCAUAAGAAAGUGCACGUUCUUCAUGGAGUACGAAAGGUUCCUACCGUGAUCUCGCAUAGAAACGAAUUAGGAUUACUCUAUAUCAGCACAGAUAUCGCGCAGGUGUACGCCGCAGCUGUAUAGAUAAGAAAUUAAAAGCGAUUAGUCGUUAAGUAUAAUAUAUUUUAAUUCUAAACAGCUGACGGAAAAAAACUGAAUGUAUAAUUAUUAUUAUUGGCGAUUGGACCCAAUAAAUUGACCAUUAUGAAAA